AUGGGCGGCAGAGGCAAUCACAGGGGAGGCUUUGCGUCUCACCCUGGUUCAUUCAACCAACAGUUCAGCGAUCCGCGCCAAUUCUCCCAGUCCCCGCAGCCGACUCCAAAUUCUUACAACGCUUCCCCAAACCACUCACCCUACGGUGCUGGUAGAGGGAACUGGGGCUCUCAGCAAUUCUCCCCGACACAUCAAUACCCUCAGUACCCUCAAUCCAACUUCGGCCCCCCAUCUGGACCACAAGGCUCGUACACACCAAACCAAUCGUUCUCACCGCCCCCGAGUGCUCCAACCGGACCUAUGCAGCCAUAUUCCCAGGGCAACUUCCGCGGCAGCUUCCGCGGCGGCGGCGCUGCAUUCCGAGGCAACCAAUUUGGAUCUGGUCGGGGGAACUACAGAGGCAAUGGUUUCAAGAGUGCGCAGUGGACUUCCAAUAACCAUGCCUCUGCUUCGCGUGGCCAAUUCGGACAAGCGGAUGAAGCGAACUCUCAGCAGUCCACGACUCCCGCACAAAGCAACAAGUCAGACGUCGGCGACAAUGUUGCAGAGGGCGAGAACCCUUUCCGGCCAUCAAAAGACAUGCAAGUGGAGGACACGACUCCGUCCGAAAAGACCGGUGAGAGCGAUACCCAACGAACUAGCAGAGCGCCGCCCGUCGGCCCGGCUGCUCAGUCGUCGUCGAAGUUCAGCUUUGCGUUUAAGGCGUCUGCAAAGCCCACUCCGACGGCGCCCAAGCCGGAGAUCUCUCAGAAAUUCAAUGCCGUCCCUCAACGACGUGAAUCCACUCAGCAAAAUGAUUCGAGAGACCACGACCGUGAUCGCGACCAUGAUCGGGAUCGUGACCACCGGGACAGAGAUCGAGACCGUGACCGUGACAGGGACCGUAACCGAGAACGUGAUCGCGGCCGGGACCGGGAACGGGACCACCGCGACAGAGACCGGGAUAUAGAUCGGGGGCGGGAGAAGGAGAAGGACAAAGCCGCCGACAGAGACAUCCCUCGCGGGGCUCCGACCGAACCUGCGUCGGCCAGAGCUCGCCAGGAUUCAAGGCACCUACCACCCCCUGGGCCCCGUCAGCCCCCUGCACCAAGGACUCGCAAGAUCAAGAAGACUAUGCGGCGGCUCAAGCCUGGGCCGGUAUUGCCUGAAGACCUGAAGACUUCAGAUUCAGUUUACUUCCGCAAGCCUGGCAACGAGUCUGUCGUCGGUUCGGGCACCUAUGGCAAGGUCUUCAAAGCUUUGCACGUCUACACCAAAGGCUUGGUCGCUCUCAAGCGCAUCCGGAUGGAAGGCGAGAGAGACGGGUUCCCGGUCACAGCCAUCCGAGAGAUCAAGCUUCUCCAGUCACUACGCCAUACCAACAUUGUCCAGCUACAAGAGGUCAUGGUGGAGAAGAACGACUGUUUCAUGGUUUUUGAAUACCUGUCCCACGAUCUGACAGGUAUUCUGAAUCAUCCUACCUUCAAGCUAGAUGCGGCCCAGAAGAAGCACAUGGCCAAACAGCUUUUCGAUGGCCUGGACUACCUACAUAAGCGCGGAGUCCUCCAUCGCGACAUCAAAGCUGCCAACAUCCUGGUUAGCAGCGACGGAAUUCUCAAGCUUGCUGACUUUGGUCUCGCACGAUUCUACGCGAAGAGACACCAGCUGGAUUAUACCAAUCGUGUUAUUACCAUAUGGUAUCGCUCGCCUGAACUACUUCUCGGCGAGACGCAGUAUGGCCCAGCCUGCGAUGUCUGGAGUGCUGCCUGUGUCAUGGUGGAGAUCUUCACCCGCCAUGCCAUAUUCCCCGGGGAUGGAAGCGAGAUCAACCAACUGGAUAAGAUAUAUGCCGUCAUGGGAACACCGAACAAGGCAGAAUGGCCUGGGCUGGUGGACAUGGCUUGGUUCGAGUUACUAAGACCAGGUUACCGGCGGGCAAACUCUUUCGCCGACAAGUACCAAGACAGAUUGCCUCCUGCCGCCUAUCGCCUGUUGGCCGCCAUGUUCCGUUACGACCCUGCGAAGAGGCCGACAGCUGCAGAGGUCCUCGCGGAUGAAUACUUUACCACCGAGGAGCCUCCUCCAAGGCAGGCUGUUGAGCUCGCUACUCUGGACGGUGACUGGCACGAAUUCGAAUCCAAGGCACUCCGACGCGAGAACGAACGCAAAGAAAAGGAGGCUCGGCGCGCCGCAGCGGCGUCCGCCAAAGACAACAAGUCUAGAGAGAGAAAGAGGGAGAACGAUGCUCACGAUGAGCGUGGGGAAGCUAAGAGAGUUCAGCUCGAAGGCAAGGCAGCCGUGCCUGCCGAACGCUCGAAGGCCUAG